GCACGGGGGAGGGGCGGCCCUCGCGCAGCAGGGCGGGACCGCUCUCCGCCUGGGGCUCGGCUGCUGGGCAACCGGCUGGGAGGCGGAUCUCCCGGCUGCUGAGCAGCCGCGUGCGCACGUCGCCUGCGCUGCGUGCCGCGCCCACUUCGACGCCGCGUCCGCGCAUCACAUGUACGAGUACCUCGUCAACCCGAAAAAGUAUAUUCCCGGCACGAAGAUGGUCUUCGCGGGCAUCAAGAAGGAGAAAGAGCGCGCGGAUUUGAUCGCCUACAUGGCGACGUGUGGUUGA